GCUGGUGCUGGUGGUGGGGCUCUACUAUGUGACGGCGACAGUGAAGCUCAAUUCAUCCAGAACGAACGUGUUUGUCGCGUCCUGACACAAAAACCCAACUGGUCGCAGAAGACACCUCUUCUGCACUCCUCGCUAAUUAUGCAACGGGAAUGUCGCUGAUGUGAGAGUGUUUGAACGAGAGAGAGAGCGAGAGAGAGGGGGGAGAAAUGGUGCACGAGCUGGUGUCUCUGCAGAAUGCUUUGCCAUGGAGCGACAGUCGUGUGAAGUUAACCUUCAUUACCAAGUGAGACUUUUGAAGUUUCCCACUGCCGGCUGUACACAGCUGUUAAAUAGUUAAUAUGCUGAAUCAGUGACAACAUGCGUAUGUUGUAUUGAUCCAACGCACUAUAUAUUUCUGCAUUUGAUUCAACCUUGGGCUCAAGUAGGCCUCCAUCCUGUACCAUUAUAACUGAACUGCUGUGUGUGCGUGUGUGCGUGUGCGUGUGUGUGUGUGUGUGUGUGUGUCCUUUUCAGUGAAAAGCAAAGUGUGCAGCCUACCUCUACUGCUGUGAAGUGCUUCACCACUCAACUGGAGUGUGAUUCAGUUUUAAUGAGAUGGAGGUGAAUGAGGAACUGGCCAGCCUUCACAGAGGGGAAACAAAAAAAGAAAAGAAGGAAUGAUGCUCAUUUCUCUUUUAUCAUUUUCUUCUUCUAAAUUUAGCUGGAGAGAGGCCGAGCCUCGAAAGUCUAUUUGUGGGCUACUGAUUAGUUUUUCUUUCUUUCACUGUUUUCUUGUUUAUCAUUAAAAAGUUCGACGUGACAGCAGACGAGCCCCAGCUCCACGGGGGAGGGCACGGCGGAUGAGUCACAGAGAAAAAGACCUGCGAGAAGUUGGAGGACAGGAUUUUUGCGAUUAAUGGCGCGCUCCGCACAGCGCACAUCAGUCCUUAGUUAAAAAAAAAAAAAGGAGUCAUCGUUGUGGAGUCCCCUUCUGCCGGCGCUGUGCCAUAAAAACCAACGCCACAUGAAGCGCCGUCAGGCUCGCGGGAAGGGGCGAGGGAGCGCGGCGUCGACGCGCUGCACUCGGAGCUGUGGAGCGGCUGCGUGCGCGCAAAGGUCCGGCGGCGCUGCAGCGGCGUCUCUCCUCUGAGGUGCAUUCACUUGCCGGCGCGCAACGAUAGAUGCGAAAUGCCAAAAGACGAGGUGCAGAUCGAAUCGAACGUGGCUUCACUCGCCUCCUGCUGCGGCUGAGAGGGACAUACGAUCCUGCACGGGGAGAAUCCUUCGACGCGUCACUGCAUGUCCAUGCAUGUGGACACGUGAGCACUUGGGCGACGUUAUAGACUGUAUCGAUCAUAGGCUUAUUGGAUUGGCUGCAGGGGCACAAGUUGGAGAGCACACGGGGGAGUUUUGUCAGACUUGCCAGUGUGAGCAGCACUUCAGAACCAAGGACAGGUCCGGGAAAACCGCUGCAUGGCACGCGCGCUCCAAGUGACCAACAUCUGGACGGCGCUGGUCACGCGAGGCUCCCCGCGCCGUGUGUGCGCACCGUGGGAAACAAGACCUGCAGCUCGACCCCCCCACAGCGCUACGAGCAGGGAAUAUCAAACAUGCUGCACGCCCUGAGAGAGGACUUGAAAGUGAUCUGCCUCCAGACUCUGUAAGCCCCUGCUCCCUCUCGACUUCAACCCGCUGAAGCCCGCUAACCUGAUCCUGCCAUGCUGAGUGUUGCGCUCUGCCCCAGGUCGCUGGCCAUUUCUGCCAAUAAUCGGCCUCUCCACAUGCUCCUGCUGGCGCUGCUGAUACGAGGGGUUGUGCCCAACAUCUCCAGAUUACCUCCCCCGGCCAAACGUGAGAUCAUCAUGGACGGGGACUUGGUGAUUGGAGGCCUGUUCCCCGUGCACCAGAAAGGUGAUGGGACAGAGGACUGUGGUAAGAUCAACGCGGAGCGUGGGAUCCAAAGGCUGGAGGCCAUGCUGCUGGCACUGGAUGAGAUCAACGCCAGCGAUCACAUCCUUCCCGGACUCCAGCUGGGGGCCCACAUUCUUGACUCCUGCUCGAAGGACACUUACGCCCUGGAGCAGUCUCUAGAUUUCGUCCGGGCCUCCCUCACCAAGGUGCAGGACCCCGGCUUCAUCUGCCCAGACGGCUCCAGACCCAUCCAGAACGAGGUCCCGCUCGCCAUCUCUGGGGUCAUCGGAGGAUCUUACAGUGACGUCUCCAUUCAGGUUGCCAACCUUCUGCGACUGUUCCAGAUCCCGCAGAUCAGCUAUGCCUCCACCAGCGCAAAGCUCAGUGAUAAAACCCGCUACGAUUACUUUGCCCGCACCGUACCCCCUGAUUUCUACCAGGCCAAGGCCAUGGUUGAGAUCCUGCGUUACUUCAACUGGACCUAUGUGUCUACAGUGGCCUCAGAGGGUGACUAUGGCGAGACUGGCAUUGAUGCCUUCCAGCAGGAGGCCCGCACUCGCCAAAUCUGCAUCGCCACUUCCGCCAAGGUGAGCCGUUCUAUGAACCGCCAGGGCUAUGACAAUGUGAUCCGCUCCCUGCAGCAGAAGUCCAACGCCAAGGUGGUCAUCCUGUUCACCCGUAGUGAAGACGCCCGUGAGCUGCUGGUGGCCGCUGCACGCAUGAAUGUGACCUUCACCUGGGUGGCCAGCGAUGGCUGGGGAGCACAGGAGAGUGUGGUGAGGGGCAGCGAGAGCGCAGCAGAUGGAGCGUUCACCAUUGAACUAGCCUCCUUCACGAUCAGAGAGUUUGAAGACUACUUCACCAAGCUGAACCCAUACACCAACACAAGGAACCCAUGGUUCAAAGAGUUCUGGGAGCACCGGUUUGGCUGCAGCCUCCAGGAACAUGGCUGCAGUGAACACAGCCUGCGAGAUGGAACUUUUGAGCAGGAGUCCAAGAUCAUGUUUGUGGUGAACGCAGUCUAUGCCAUGGCCUAUGCUCUGCACAACAUGAGGCAAGCUGUAUGCUCCAACACAUCCAAGGUCUGCGAUGCCAUGAAACCAGGUAACGGCAAAAGGUUCUAUAAGGAGUUCAUCCUGAAGACCAAGUUUGAAGCUCCAUUCAGACCUGCAGACACAGAAUACAUGGUGCGCUUCAACUCAGUCGGCGACAGCAUCAGCCGCUACAACAUCUUCCAUUACCACAAAGAGGAGGGUAAGUUCACCUACAGGAAGGUCGGCUACUGGGACCACAACCUGACCCUGAACACCUCCCUGGUGCCCUGGCGUGGCCUUGUACCGCCCACCUCCCAAUGCAGCGACCCCUGCAGGAAGAACGAAGUGAAGAGUAUGCAGCCUGGAGACGUGUGCUGCUGGAUCUGUAUCCCGUGUCAGCCGUACCAGUACCUGCAGGAUGAGUUCACCUGUGCCGACUGCAACUUCGGUCAGUGGCCUCUGGCUAACUUGACGGGCUGCUACGACCUGCCUGAGGAGUACAUCCGGUGGGAGGAUGCCUGGGCCAUUGGGCCUGUGACCAUCUCCUGCCUUGGUAUACUGUGUACUCUGUCAGUAGUGGGCCUGUUCUUCAAGCACAAUGAGACACCUGUGGUCAAGGCAAGCGGACGGGAACUCUCCUAUAUCCUGUUGCUGGGCGUGCUGAUGUGCUACAGCAUGACCUUCAUCUACAUCACCAAACCUUCUACGGCUGUUUGCACUUUGCGUCGACUCGGCCUGGGCACCUCGUUUGCAGUGUGUUACUCCGCCCUGUUGACCAAGACCAACCGCAUCGCUCGCAUCUUCAGUGGAGUGAAGGACGGAGCCCAGCGGCCGCGCUUCAUCAGCCCGGCCUCCCAGGUAGCAAUCUGCGGCGCUCUCAUCUCCUGCCAGCUACUCGUGGCCAUCAUCUGGUUGCUGGUGGAGGUGCCAGGGGUUCGGAAGGAGGUGACCCCGGAGAGGAGAAACGUGGUCACCCUCAAAUGCAGCAGCAGGGACUCCAGCAUGCUCAUGUCACUCACCUACAACUGUGUCCUCAUCAUCCUCUGCACCGUCUACGCCUUCAAGACACGCAAGUGCCCUGAAAACUUCAACGAGGCCAAGUUUAUUGGGUUCACCAUGUACACCACCUGCAUCAUCUGGCUCGCUUUUCAGCCCAUCUUCUAUGUCACCGCCAGCGACUACAGGGUGCAGACCACCACCAUGUGUAUCUCCGUCAGUCUGAGUGGGUCGGUGGUUCUCGGCUGCCUCUUCGCCCCCAAGAUCCACAUCAUCCUGUUCCAGCCCCAGAAAAACGUGGCCACACUCCGGGUCACAGCGAACCGUUUCAGUGCCACGGUGUCCGCUUCGGCCCCCGCUCCCAGCUCCAGCUACUCCAAAGGAUCAGCCUCCAACUACGUGCCAGCAGUUUGCAACGGCCGAGAGGUGGUGGACUCCACAACCUCCUCUUUGUGAAAGAGGCUCCUCUGGAAGCACAAGAGACCGUCCCACCAUCACUCAUCCCUCCAUCAAACAGGGCUGUGUACGGCGGAGCCCCCCCCCCCCCCCCCCCACCCCCACCUCAUGCCAUUCAACAUGCUGUGGAGAGAUAACUCUGUCUGGGGUGUAGGCUGACUCACGGUGGCCAGGGUAACUUCAACUGUGAAAGCUACAGUAAACGACGUUCCUACAGCGAGCAGUAUGUAUGAAAAUGUAAAGCCUUUUUGUAUAGAUUUAAUAUGCUGUGAUCUCUUUGGUUUACAGAUAGAUGUGAUUAAAUGCACUGUGCCUUGUUGUCAAAUGGGUGGUUGUGAAGCAAUAGUGUUACACAAAACAAAAAGGCUGUUCUUAUCUUGUGCUGUGAAUCUAUCCAGAUGUUUUAGACAUUGACAAAAAAAAAUAAGAGCUAUGAAAUUAAUUUAGCCUUUGUGUUAUACAAAAUGUGACUUACCAUUGUGAACGUGAUAAAAAACUAGGCAACUAGACAAUAUAAAGGACAUGUGUUACUGUAGAGUGUUGUUACGGUGUGCUUUCUUGUAAUUUAUGUAAAUAAAAUAUUUUUUUUAAUAUUAAAAGAUUAAACAUCAGUGUCUGUGUUCACAUAUCAGACAUUCACUCAAAACCCCAAUAAAUUACUCAAUAACUUAGUUUAAAAAAGAAAAUCUUUUGCCGUGUAGCAACUACCAAGACUUUUAUUUUGUGCUCAGAUCUCUGAACUAUAACUACUGAUGUAACUAGUUGUGUAAGUGUACACAUGUACAAUGGCUAUAAAGACCAAAUUCAAAAACUUGGAUUUCAUCUUUUAUACUGAUUGGUGUUUCCUGAUAUUAAAUUGUAAUAACCAUCUGAACAGAACCGACCCACUGUCUUCCAGGUCCGACCCAGACUUCCAAAUCAAAUGUCACUGUAAAGGU